UCGCCCUUCUACGCUGCUUUCUCUUUCUCCGAAAGCAGCGCCGCUCUCUCACAGAUCUCAAAGGUUUUUUUCUCUCAAUCUCUGCAGACAUGGCAGGAAUGGCACCAGAAGGUUCACCAUUUGAUGCGCGCAAUUAUGAUGCAAAAAUGAAUGACCUGAUUACAGCAGAGGGUUCUCAGUUUUUCACUACCUAUGAGGAAGUUUUUGAAAGUUUUGAUGCAAUGGGACUACAGGAGAACCUAUUAAGAGGCAUCUAUGCUUAUGGUUUUGAGAAACCAUCUGCAAUCCAGCAAAGGGGAAUUGUUCCCUUUGUCAAGGGUCUUGAUGUUAUUCAACAAGCACAAUCUGGAACCGGGAAAACUGCUACUUUUUGUUCCGGUAUUCUGCAGCAGCUGGACUACGGGUUGGUUGAAUGCCAAGCCCUGGUUCUUGCUCCAACUCGUGAAUUGGCACAGCAGAUCGAGAAGGUCAUGCGGGCCCUUGGUGACUACCUGGGUGUGAAAGUUCAUGCUUGUGUUGGAGGAACAAGUGUACGUGAAGAUCAAAGAAUUCUUUCAGCUGGGGUUCAUGUGGUUGUUGGGACACCUGGCCGUGUGUUUGACAUGUUAAGAAGGCAAUCUCUUAGGCCUGACCAAAUCAGAAUGUUUGUGUUGGAUGAGGCUGAUGAAAUGCUUUCCCGUGGCUUCAAGGACCAGAUAUAUGAUAUCUUCCAGCUUCUGCCUUCAAAAGUUCAGGUUGGGGUUUUCUCUGCCACAAUGCCUCCGGAAGCCCUCGAGAUCACCCGUAAAUUCAUGAACAAGCCAGUGAGAAUCCUUGUUAAGCGUGACGAGCUUACACUUGAGGGUAUUAAGCAAUUUUACGUCAAUGUGGAGAAGGAAGACUGGAAGCUCGAUACUCUCUGUGAUUUGUAUGAGACUCUGGCUAUUACGCAGAGUGUUAUCUUCGUUAACACCAGACGCAAGGUUGACUGGCUCACCGAUAAGAUGAGAAGCAGGGAUCACACCGUCUCUGCUACACAUGGAGACAUGGAUCAGAACACCAGAGACAUUAUUAUGCGGGAAUUUCGAUCUGGAUCCUCCCGUGUUCUGAUCACCACCGAUCUACUUGCUCGCGGUAUAGAUGUUCAGCAAGUCUCCCUUGUGAUUAAUUAUGAUCUGCCAACACAACCUGAGAACUAUCUUCAUCGUAUCGGACGAAGUGGUCGUUUCGGGAGGAAGGGUGUCGCCAUCAACUUUGUCACCCGUGAGGACGAGAGGAUGUUGUUCGACAUCCAGCGCUUUUACAAUGUCGUGAUUGAGGAGCUGCCUUCCAAUGUCGCCGAUCUCAUCUGAAGUUCCAACGAGCUUCACUCGUCAAAAUUAUUUAAUACUUGUCUUCCUACUUUUAGUUUGUUUUCUUAUUGUCGAACUAGUUGCCGAGUAUUUGUUUUAAAGGAUAAGGGUUUGGUUUGCUUGAAAGCAUUACGACGCAACUGAUAUUGUUUGUUGUUCGUCUGAUGUUCCUACAAAUUUUCAUAGCUACUACGCUGGCACUAUUUUAUGGUUUUGAUAAAACUUGGUGGCUUUAUAGCUCUAUUUUGUUCAUGUCCAAUUUAGAUUGUCUUUGUUUU